GGAGACCAAAGUUGACAAAAUUAUAAAACACCUAGGAGUAUAAAUAAUAGGACUACGACAACAGCUAGUAAAAGCAAGUUUCAAUCCAACAGUUUGAAAAACGGCAAGAGUAAUCCCACAAAGUAACAAGCAACGUGUUUAAAAAAUAAUAAUUCUCCGUAUUACUUUCAUAAUUAGUUUAUCAUCAAAUGGUUGCAUUAGUAAACUCAGUCACCAUCAACUUCUUCAUCUCCCAUGGACUUUAUUUUCGAGACUCUACACUUGCUCUGUAGUAUCGAGCAGUGUGGAAAGCGGAAACCGCGCUUUAUGUUGGGAAAGGGAAACGUCCCUUUCAUUUUCAAAGAACCGUACUUUCCCACCUUUCUUUCCUACAUUCUCUUUUCCUUUUCUACAAAGUUUUUAUGUCUUGCUCGUACACUUAUCUUGCCUUUGAUCUUAUUACUACUGUUAAGCCUCUGUCCUUUUUGCUUCGUUGCAAAGAAACCCCAAUUCUUUAACAAAACUGUUAUCCAUAAAAACACCACCUUUCAUGCACAUGAUCUUGAUCAAGUUUCGUUUUUUUCUCUUUUCAUGCUGUCUACUCAAUCUCAGUUAGACUUGAAUCACUUGCUCGAAUGUGGGGUUUAUCUUGUUUGGGUAUCUGCGAGACAUUGAGACUUAGUAAGAGAGCUUGAAGCAACACAUUACGACUUAUACUUUCUGCGAUUUUUCUGUUCUUUUAGCUGACAAAAUGGAAGAGCCUUCCGCUGUAAGGCGGGAUGUUUGGCGGCCACAUUCGUCUCAGAAUGACCUCUUUGAUAUAGUCUUCUCAUGGUCUCUUGAAGAUAUUUUCGAUGACACUCUCUACCAAAACCAGGUUGAGAAGAUUCCAUGUACAUUCCAUUCAUGGGAUCAUUACCUUUGCUGUUAUACAUUUCCUUUAUUGGAAGAAACGCGAGCAACAGUUGCUUCUUCAUUGGAAGUAAUGGAUAAAGCGCCAUUUGCUCAAGUGAUAUCUUUUGAUCUGUCAAAGGGACAUGGGAAGAGUAUUUACUAUAAAAUAAAGGUGGAGUCUUGGAAAAGAAGGAUUAAUGAUGAAGGAGAGCAUUACAAGACAUUGCCGGGAGACUUGGUAGUGAUCUCGGACAGUAAACCAGAGAUGGUCUCGGAUUUGAAUCGUGUGGGUUGGAAUUGGACAUUUGCUUCAGUUGUAAAUGUGACAGAUGGUGAGGACGAUGAAGGCAAUUCCUCUACUUAUUUUAAAGUGAAAAUGCCUGUCGACUUUGGAGACAUUAUAGGAGACCAUGCAACCAUCCAUAUCGUUUUCGUGGCAAACUUCACAACAAGUAAACGGAUUUGGAGUGCUUUGGGGAUGACCAGGAAUUUGAACAUUAUUAGCACGGUUUUGCAUGCAAGUGCUGAGGGCCAUAAAGAAUGUCAUAUUUGCUCUCCUCAUGCUGAUGUAACAUCAUCAUCAUCAUCAGCUAAGAACAUAGAGGACAGAUUGCUGGCCAAGCUGAAUGAGUCCCAAGCCAAUGCAGUGCUUACAUGUCUUGAAAGGAUGAAAUGUCACCAUAUUUCUCAUGUUGAUCUUAUUUGGGGCCCACCUGGUACCGGGAAGACAAGUACUGUUAGUAUACUUCUGUUCAUGCUUUUGAAAAAACAGUGCAGAACACUUAUUUGCGCUCCUACAAAUGUAGCAAUAACACAAGUUGCCUCUCGAGUGUUAAGGCUGGCACAAGAGUGUUAUAAAGAUGAAUCAUCUGAGAAGAACCUGAUAUACCCGUUAGGUGAUGUGGUCCUAUUUGGAAACAAGGAUAGACUGAAGUUGGGUGAAUAUAUUGAGGAGAUCUACCUAGACUACCGUGUCGAAAGGCUUCAUGAAUGUUUUGGAUCACUGACGGGUUGGAGACACUGUAUUUGCACUGCAAUUUCUUUUCUUGAAGAUUCUGUUUCUGAUCACGAAGUCUUUGAAGAAAAUAAACUAAUAAAAAAGAAAGAGUUAAUUGAGAAUGGUCAAACCUUGGAUGAAAGCGUGGAGCCUAUAUCCUUUGCUGAGUUUCUUAAGUUGCGGUUUGACGGUGCUGUGUUAUCCCUCAGAAGUUGCAUGGUUACAAUGUGUACUCAUAUCCCAAAGCAUUUCAUUCAAGAGUACAAUUUCCAGGCGAUCAAUUCCCUGAUAUGCCACCUGGAUUUCCUGAAAGAAGCUUUAUUUCAGAAGCAGAUGCCAUCUGAUGAAGAUCUGAAGGAAUUUUUUUCACAGCCAAUAACAUCUGAAGUUUUCUGCGAUACAUCCUCAUUGGUCUGGUUGAGAAUCCAGUGCAUUUCCAUUCUAAAAACCCUUCUAGUUUCUCUUGGAAAACUUGAAUUUCCCAGUUCAUUAAAUGGGGUGUCAAUAAUGGAUUUCUGCUUAAAGCUACCAUCCUUGGUUUUCUGCACCUCCUCUAGUUCAUUUAAGCUGCAUUCUGUUGAGAUGGAACCAUUCAAGUUAUUGGUCAUUGAUGAAGCUGCUCAGUUGAGAGAAUGUGAAUCUAUCAUACCGCUUCAACUACCAGGGAUAAAUCAUGCCAUUCUUGUUGGUGAUGAAUGCCAGUUACCUGCAAUUGUUCAUAGCAACGUGUCUAAUGCGGCUGGUUUUGGAAGAAGCUUAUUUGAAAGGCUAAGUUCAUUAGAUCAUCCAAAGCUUAUGCUUGAUGUCCAGUACCGUAUGCAUCCAGCUAUAAGCCGAUUCCCGAAUUCGAGUUUUUAUCAAAAUCAACUGCAAGAUGCUCCAAAUGUGCAAAGCAAAGCGUAUGAGCGAAGGUUUCUUCUGGGAAGAAUGUUUGGUCCAUAUUCCUUUAUAAGUGUCCCCAAUGGAAAGGAAGAACUGGAUGAUGUUGGGCACAGCAAAAGGAAUAUGGUUGAGGUGGCUAUAGUCAUUAAGAUAGUGCAGAACUUGUUCAAAUUUUGGCGCGACACUGGUAAUGAAAUUAGCAUUGGUGUCGUAUCUCCUUAUGCUGCUCAAGUAGUUGCCCUAAAAGAUAAAAUUGGAAGAAAGUAUGACAACCUUGAUGGUUUUGCGGUUAGGGUUAAGUCUAUUGAUGGCUUCCAAGGUGGGGAAGAGGACAUCAUAAUAUUAUCUACUGUGAGAUCUAAUCGUGCUGGAACUGUUGGUUUUAUGUCUAGUUUGCAAAGAACUAAUGUUGCCCUGACUAGAGCGCGGCAUUGUUUGUGGAUAUUGGGAAAUGAAAGGACCCUAAUGGAUAGCAAUUCUGUUUGGAAGGAGCUGGUUCAAGAUGCAAGGAAACGCCAAUGCCUCUUCUCUGCCUCUGAUGAUUGUGACUUGUCAAAAACUAUUUUGAAUGUCAAGAAAGAGCUGGAUCAACUUGAUGACCUGCUUAAUGCAGAUAGCUUCUUAUUCAAAAACCAAAGAUGGAAUGUUCUCUUGAGCGACAACUUCAAAAAAUCAUAUAAAAAAUUGGUGUCAUCUCAUUUGAAAAAGGCAGUGCUAAAUCUGUUACUUAAACUUUCUGGUGGAUGGAGACCAAAGAGAAAAGGUGUGGAUUUGAUGUGUCAAAGCUCAUCACAGAUUGUGAAGCAGUUUAAGGUUGAAGGGCAAUAUAUAGUCUGUACUGUGGACAUUCAGAGAGAAUUGAAAUACACUCAAAUUUUGAGGGCUUGGGAUUUAUUACCUCUUGAUGAGGUUGGAAAAUUAUUGAGACGCCUUGAUAGCAUAUUUGCUAUGUAUACAGAUAAUUAUAUCAAUAUGUGCAAGGAGAAGUGUCUAGAUGGGGACUUAGAAGUUCCAAAAGUUUGGCCAGUUUCUCGGGAUCUAGUGAGAUUCAAGAAUCUUAGUGAGAGACUGGCAGACAGCUCGAAUGACAGCGUGGCAGGGGAUGGGAGAAGUUACAUUGAAAACUCAAGAGUGAGUGAAAGCUUACUCUUGAUGAAGUUUUACUCUUUAUCAUCAGGCAUUGUCAAUCAUCUGCUCUCUGACAAUCGUGGUGAAGAAAUCGAUAUCCCUUUUGAAGUUACGGAUGAGGAAAAAGAGAUAAUCAAAUCGAGAAGCAGCAGUUUCAUACUUGGCCGAUCAGGCACUGGUAAAACCACUGUGUUGACCAUGAAAUUAUUUCAGAGGGAGCAACAACAUCAUCUUUCCUUAGGAGUGACAAAAGUUGAGUCUAAUAAUGAGAUCAACAAGCACGAAGAAGAUAGCUUUGCAAAAGCUGAGAAGACAAUGAUGAGCCAAUCCGAAGAUAAGGAUAAGAUGGCUACUACCUUAAGGCAGCUUUUUGUCACUGUUAGCCCGAAGUUGUGCUACGCAGUCAAACAACAAGUUGCACAUCUGAAAUGCUUUGCGCAAGGAGGAAAGUUCUCUGAUGAAAACAGUCUGUUGGAUAUGAUGGAUGAUUUGGAUGGGUUGUCUCACUUCAAAGAUAUCCCUGAUUCUUUUGUUUCCAUUCCUGAAAGAAAAUAUCCUCUUGUUAUCACAUUCCGAAAGUUCUUGAUGAUGCUUGAUGGAACAUUGCGCUCUUCAUACUUUGACCGUUUUCAAGACAAGCAAACUCCUUUUCUGGAUGCAGAAACUUUAUUACGACGAAAAGAGGUUAACUUUGACCGCUUUUGUUGCUUGUAUUGGCCUCAUCUCAACUCCCAGUUCACUAAAAAUCAUGAUGCUGCGAAGGUGUUUACUGAAAUCAUUUCAUAUAUAAAAGGAGGAUUACGGGUGGGUGAGGCCCAUAAUGCCAAACUCAGUCGCAGUGAAUAUGUUUCAAUGUCUGUGAGUAGGGUAUCGACUUUGAAUGAUAAGAGAAGAGAGGAAAUCUACAAUAUCUUUCUCGAUUAUGAAAAAAUGAAGAAGGAGCGAGGGGAAUUUGAUUUAGCUGAUUUAGUGAAUGAUCUUCAUUUUCGAUUGAAUGAGGAAAUCUGGGAGGGUGACAAAAUGGAUUUUGUUUAUAUUGAUGAAGUUCAAGAUCUCACAAUGAGACAGAUUUCAUUGUUCAAGUAUAUUUGCCAAAAUGUUGAUGAGGGCUUUGUGUUUUCUGGGGAUACUGCCCAAACCAUUGCUAGGGGGAUAGAUUUUAGGUUUGAAGAUGUGCGGACUUUGUUUUAUCAGGAGUUCGUCUUGAAACUGAAAGGUGGUUUACAUGCCACACGAAAAGAUAAAGGCCAUAUUGCCAAAAUUUCUUGCUUACUCCAGAACUUUCGCACACAUGCUGGCGUUCUCAGGCUCGCACAGAGUGUUAUUGAUAUUCUUUCUCACUAUUUCCCUCUUUCAAUUGAUGCUUUGGCUCCAGAGACUAGUCUUAUAUAUGGUGAGGCUCCAGUGUUGCUUAGACAAGGAAGCAAUGAAAAUGCCAUCGUAACUAUUUUUGGUAACAGUGGAGGCAUUAGUGGAAAGAUGAUAGGAUUUGGUGCAGAACAAGUUAUAUUAGUACGUGAUGAGUCAGCUAAGCAAGAAGUUUCUGGUCUUGUUGGAAAACAAGCGCUCAUUCUGACUAUAGUUGAAUGCAAAGGCUUAGAGUUCCAGGAUGUGCUGCUUUAUAACUUCUUUGGUACUUCACCUCUGAGAAAUCAGUGGAGAGUAGUGUAUGAAUUCAUGAAACUCCGAAAUUUACUUGACUCAAGAUUUUCACAGAGCUUCCCUUGUUUUACUGAAGCACGUCACACAAUAUUGUGCUCUGAACUGAAGCAGCUAUAUGUUGCUGUAACUCGCACUAGGCAACGGUUAUGGAUCUGUGAACGUGUUGAUGAGUUUUCAAAACCAAUGUUUGAAUAUUGGAUGAAAAUGGGCCUUGUGGAAGUAAGGGAUGUUGAUGAAUCUCUUGCACAAGCCAUGCGCAUGGCAAGCACUCCAGAGCAGUGGAAAUCUCGUGGACUAACACUUCUUUGGGAGAAAAACUAUGAAAUGGCUAUCAUGUGUUUUGAAAGGGCAGGAGAGAGGAACCUGGAGAAGCAAGCUAAAGCUUCCAGUCUUAGGGAAACUGCUCAUCGAAUGCGAGAUUCAAACCCAAAUGCUUCUAUUUCCAAUCUUAGGGAAGCUGCUGAAAUAUUUGAGUCAAUUGGAAGGUUUAAAUCUGCAGCCGAAUGUUUUUGUGACUUGAAGGAGUAUGAACGUGCAGGAAACAUUUAUUUGAAGAAGUGUGGGGAACAAGAACAAAAAAAAGCUGCAGAGUGUUUUACACUGGCAGGAUGUUAUGGGACUGCCUCAGAGAUAUAUGCCAAGCAAAACUGUUUCUCAGAGUGUUUAUCUGUCUGCAACAAGGGGCGCCUUUAUGAUAUGGGAUUUCAAUAUGUAGAGCACUGGAAACAUCAUGCUGUCCUGUGCAAUGAUAUUGAUGGAAGAAGGAAAGAAAUUGAAAGAAUUGAACAGGAGUUUCUAGAAAGGUGUGCAUCUGAUUUUUUUGAGUGCAACGAUAGGAGAUCAAUGAUGAAGUUUGUUAAAGCUUUUAAGUCAAUGGCUGAUAAGCGCCAGUUCUUGAAGAAUCAGAAUUGUCUGGACGAGUUAUUACUGAUAGAAGAAGAAUCUGGAAACUUUGCUGAAGCUGCAGAGCUUGCUAAGCUGAAAGGGGAUGUUCUACAAGAGGCAGAUCUUCUUGGUAAAGCUGGGGAUUUCAGUAAAGCAUCCUCAUGUAUCCAUUGGUAUAUCUUGGUCAACUCUUUGUGGGUUCGCGGAUGCAAGCCAUGGCCCCUGAAGUCUUUUGGGUCUAAGAAUGAGCUAUUGAAGAAGGCAAUUUCAUUUGCAAGGAAUGGAUCUGAUAUGUUGUACGAGUCUGUAUGUACAGAGGCAAAGGUGUUUGAACACGAACAAAGUAACUUGUGUGAAUUGAGGCGUGCUCUAAGUGCUUCUCAGAAGUGUGGGAGUCUUAGAGGUGAAAUUUUAUGUCUCAGGAAAAUUAUGGAUGCUCACACUGAUGUUAGAGCCUCAGUUUAUUCAUGGGAAGAUGAGUCCCCUGUGGACCUAAAGUUUGAGGAAGAUACAAUGUUCUGUAAUCAGCUCUCUCUUAAAUCCCUCUGUCAUUUCUGGAAUAUUUGGAAACAUAAUGUAUUAGAAAUCCUUGAAUCUCUUCAUUGUCUUGAGGUGACUCAAGAUUUUGGCAGAUAUAAAGACUUCGGUGAGUUCUGCCUGAACUAUUUUGGCGUGAGACGGCUAUUCCGUACUGAUUCAAAAACCAGCUAUGUCAUACUAAUCCCUGAUGCUGAAUGGGCUACAAAGGUUGAUAAGACUUUCAUGAGGCAGAACCAAACACUGCACUCAAUUGAUGAACAACAGUUCAUAAUCGCUGCACGGAAUCACUGGAGAGUUGAGGGGCUCUCUCUUGGCAUUAAAGUCCUAGAAACUCUUGAAUCAUUGUAUAAAUUUUCUAUGGGGACAUUCUCAGUGUUUAGACAAAGUGCGUGCCUCUUAAGUAUACAUCAGAUAUCAAAGUUUCUUCUCGAGUCCAAGGAGUUAAGCUGCAAGAAUUAUGACGGGAAACUACAAAAGUUCUUCCAGCUUUCAAUGAAUUAUUUUGAGAAUGUUUUUUCUAUUCAUGCCCAAAGGUCUAUGGAGGAAAACAUGAUUUCUCUAAGAGGAACUGAUGCUUCUCGAAGCUUACUUGAAGAAUAUAUAAGCCACAGUCUUAGUAGAAAAGGCGAACCGGCUACACUUGGGAAAAUUGGACGGUUCAUGACGAUAUGGUUAGGGUCUGCCAAACCUUCAGAUGAACUGUGUAAUAAGCUUUUGUCACGAACCAGAGAGGACUCAGCCUGGAGAGCUUUCAUAGAGAUUCUUAAGAGUGCUAAAGAGCCAAGGAAGUUGGUUCAUGGGUUCCAUCAAGCCUUGGGAGAAACAUAUAAUGUAUAUUGGCAUCACAUGUAUGACUAUAUUUCACCUCACUGCUUCUUAUUUCUCAUGGAGCGCUUCUUGAUCUUGGUUUCCUGCUCUAGCGCCUCCUUUUACACAACAAUGUCCUCUUUUCUGGAGUGGGGGAUGUGUUGCGAACCAGAUGUCAUUCCCACUCACAGUCUUCCAAUUCAAGAAUCUUGUAUGUUCUAUGAAUCCAUCCUGUCUAUGGUGCUUGACCUCCUCCUCAAGAAACCUAACAGAGAUCUGUGGGUUGUGAAGUUCGGCAUUAGAUCUCGUGAGUAUCACAGGUCUCUGGUUUUGAGGUUGGUGCUCAUUCUCUGCACACUCUGCAUGAACUAUAACUCUAGGGAACCAUGGAAUCGUCUACAUCAUGUACUGGCAACGAAUUUUAUUUGGUCUGAUCUUCCGAGAGAAUUCACUCAAGUUUUCAGGAGAGGGAGACAAAUUUGUGCAAAUCUAGGAAUAAUUGCUGAAGCUCUCCGAGCAAUAGGAAAUCCUGGUUUUCUAGUGCGUGUUGACAUUAACACUCCCAAAAUCCGAUGUCCUCCCUACAUUACUCCUAUAGAUAUGGGUGUAAAUUCCUCGUGGGAGGACAUCAUGGAUACAACGUUUCCAGGGAAAAGAUGUGUUUCUAUCGGCCAAGAAGAAAAAAAGCUUCAGAAGAACUCAUGUUGCCUGCUUCCUUUGAGUGUAUACCAUGGCAUGAAGAGUUCUGCGAUGGAGCCUUCUUCAAACAACAAUGCGUCAAUGCAAUUUCAGGACCUGAAUGGCCAGGAGGAAAGCACUUUGCAGAUGAAAUGGUCUGUUUUGGAUGAUGUUUCUGUUUCUUGGGAAUUAAAGGACGACCUUGAUGAAUGUUUGAAGUUCAUGACUGCGGUGGUUGAUCAUUUGUCUGGAGAGAAGGCAACUCCCUCCAGGGAAAGCACAGAUAUUUGUGAGGAAAUGCAAUGCAUGCUUCAAGAUUUUAAACAACUUUCAGACGCGUUGAGUACGAGUUACACGGAUGAAGAGGAAAAGAGAGAAAAUAUUGGCAAACUGCAGAAGAGCUUGUUGUUGAGAAAGGGUAGAGUGGAAGGCUUCUUGAACACUGUCAUUGUGAGGAAGGAUGGAGUCGAGUUUAUAUCAGUCAAUUCAGAGGGUGACGGACCGCCUUCAAAUGAAAAUGCAUCUGAAGAAGAAGAGGAAGACAAGCUUGAUGAUGAGGCCACGAAUAUGAAGCUGGAUAACAAGAGGACGAAUCAGGGUAAACAGCGGCAGCAGCAGCAGCCAGGGAAGGGGAAGAAAAAAGGGAAGAAAAACAAGGCUAAAGGAGGAGGUCGUGGAAAGAAGUGACAGCAGCAUAUGAGUAAAUGAAUGAUGUUUAUUGUAUAGGUGCAAACUCAUUUUGUGAUGUGUGUAAAAUGUGCUGCAUUUGUUAAGAUGAUGGCCUUCCUAGGGGGAUUUGAUAAACCGAAAUGUCACCUGAGGGGUGGCCCUCCUACGUGUUGACAGUAAGUUUCAUAUUUUCAUUUUUUAAAAUUGGCC